AUAACAACGACCACAGCCCGAGAAGUGUUUUGCCAUGGCUGAAAAAUACCUUAAACUAGGCCAACGGGUGGAACUGUCCGGCAAGGAUGUGCGCGGUACAAUCGCCUACGUCGGGAUGACCUCAUUCGCCGUCGGCAAAUGGGUCGGUGUGGUGCUGGAUGAGGCGAAAGGCAAAAACAAUGGAUCGAUUAAGGGUCAGCAGUACUUUUCGUGCGAAGAAAACUUUGGCAUGUUCGUGCGGCCAACGCAACUCGUUUACGUCGACGAAUCCGGCAACCCACUGGAGGAUGCUCAAACUCCAGACGAGAAACCUCGAUCCCGGCUGAGCAGCUCCCGGAUGUCGCUGAACCGGAGCACGAGUUCGCUUGGCUCGAAAACGCAGCUAACCUCGCCCUCGGGCAGUGAACCGCGACCCGGCGGUCAAUCAUCGAUUCCCACCCCGGUGGGAUCGUCCAUCCCAACCAUGGUCAAGCAGCCGCUCGAUCGUCACGAACCGCUGCAGCGAUCGCACAUGAGCCCCCCGGAGUCGCUGCAAACCUCCAAGCGUGCCUCGUUCGUCGAGACCGGCUUCGUGGAAACGCUCAAGCCCCAGUUUACGCCGGGCCAAUCGCUGACGUCCCCUUCGCCGGCCCCCACCCCGGUGCCCUCGUCCAGCGCCACCGAGGACCGUAUUCACAUCCUGCAACUGCAGCACGAACUGGACGAGCAGCGCCGGGUGAACGGGGAUCUGAGCGAAAAGCUCGAAACGCUGAAGCAACGGCGGGCCGAAGAUCGCGAUCGGUUGCGUGAGUUCGACAAGCUGAAAACGCAGUACGAGCAGCUGCUGGAAUUUAAAAGCAAAAUCAUGGACGCGCACUCGUCGCUGCAGCGCGAACUCCAGCGCGCCAAGCAGGAGGCCAAGGACGCGAUCGAGGCACGCGAUCUGCACAGCGAAGAGAUGGCCGAGCUGUCCGAGAACGUGGAGAUGAUCACGCUCGACAAGGAGAUGGCCGAGGAGAAGGCGGACACGUUGGCGCUCGAGCUGGAAACGGCCAAGGAGCGCAUCGAGGAGCUGACACUCGAUUUCGAGAUUCUGAAGACGGAAAUGCAGGAAAAGCUCACCUCCGGUGGCAUCAGUGCGGUCGGGGGCGCCGGCGGCGAUGGGUCAGCCUCGACGUACGAGUUCAAGCAGCUCGAGCAGCAGAAUGCCCGGCUACGCGAAACUCUCGUCCGUCUGCGUGACCUGUCGGCGCACGAGAAGCACGAAAUUCAGAAGCUCGAGAAGGAGCUGGACACCAAAAAGUCGGAAGUGGCCGAGCUGCAGCGUACGAAGGAAAAGCUGUCGUCCAAGAUCGACGAGCUGGAAGCGCAGCUCGGGGAUCUGCAGGAGCAGGUCGAUGCGGCCCUCGGUGCGGAAGAGAUGGUGGAACAGUUGGCCGAGAAAAAGAUGGAGCUGGAGGAUCGGGUGAAGGCGCUCGAGGAAGAGGUGGCCGAACUGGAGGCCCUGGAGGAAGUGCACGAGCAGCUCGUCGAGAGCAACCACGAGCUGGAGAUGGAUAUGCGCGAGGAGCUCGAUUUGGCGCACUCGGCCAAACGGGAGGCGGCCCGCGAGAAAGAGGCCGCCCUCGAGACGAUUGUCGAUCGCGAUCAGACGAUCCUCAAGUUCCGCGAGCUGGUGCAACGGUUGAACGACCAGUGCCAGGAGCUGCGCGAUCGCAUCAACCAGGAGUCUAGCAAGCAGCAACAGCAGCAACAAGCGAAGGAUACGGCCCUCAUCACGGAAACGAUCGAUUUCAAGCAAAUGUUUGCCGAGUCGAAGGCUUUCACGCGCGCCAUCGAUCUGCAGCUGCGCCAGAUCGAGCUGACGCAGGCGAACGAACACGUCCGCUACCUGUCCGCGUUCAUGCCCGACGUGUUUAUGGCGCGCGGUGGCGAUCACGAUGCGAUCCUCGUGAUACUGCUCGUCUCACGGCUCGUCUUCAAAUCGGGCAUCAUCGUGAGCCAGGCACGGGAACGGUUCUCCAACGUACCGCAGAUCGAUCGCACCGCCAUCCUCGGCGGGCACGAAGUGGCCCAGUUUGGCUUCCGAUCGCGGCUACUGCACCACGUGCACAACCUGCAGAGCAUCAUGCACCAGUUCCUGUACAGCAUGACCGGCUGCAAGGCGGACACGCUGCUCAAGAUCGGCGCCGCACUGCCGGAGAUGCAGGCGCAGGAGAAGAUGAUCGACGAAAUCAUCGAUCUGCUGAAGGUGAACCAGCUCGACGAAAACUCCUCCACCGACAAUCUGGAAAAGUGUGGCACGUUCUUCAACGCAAUGUACGUGGUGCUGUUGUCCGGUGACGAUUUGGUCAAUGAAACGCAAAUCGUGCGUGACUGUACGGCUUCGAUUGCGGCGGCCUGCGAUUCGAUCGCGAACGAUUCCACGAUCAUCAAGAUGCUCAUCAAGCCCGGCGAUGAAACGAGUGACUCGGGACUGCUUCUGCAGUACAUUCUGCAGAACGUGGAGAAUGUUCGCCAACAGUUGAAGCUUGUCAAGCGCCGACUGCCACAGGACGUGGCCAUUACGAAGUGCAACCUGUCGGCGAACACACUGCGCAACCUGAAGGGUACGGCCGAGGCACUCAACAAAGUGAUGAGCGUACUGUUCUACGCCGCCCGGCAGUGCCUGCAGCUCGUGACGGUCGACCCGGAAACGGAAACGUCCGUUCCGCACGACAAACUGUGGGAAAUCGUGUCCGCCGGUUGCGAAAAGAUCUACGAACAGGACGAUCUCGGCCCAUCGCAGAACCUGCGGCCGGUGCUGAGUGCCGCCAGCACCGAUAUGGGCCAGUUGGCGCAGUAUCUGCUCGAUCACGAGUAUGAAAUUGUUUCGGCCACCAACACUGGCAAACCGGAGGAGAAACCCGUCGCACCGAUCAUCGUGCGAGCCCAGGCUGUGAAGAAGCAGCUGGAGGAAACGAAGACACUGACGGCCACGCUCGAAAACCGCGAGGCCGAGAUCCGGCAGCUUAAGCUGGCCGCGAAACUGAAGCAGAACGAACUGUCCGAGAUGCAGAUACGCAAGGAUUUGGCCGAGAAGAAGCUGUCCGUGUUGCAGCAGGAUCACGAGACGAACACUACCCGGUUGCAGAAGCACCUGGAUGAAGUGUGCACCAAACUCAAGCAGAAAGAGAAAGAAUUCGAGGAAACGAUGGACCACCUGCAGAGCGACAUCGAUUCGCUGGAGAGCGAAAAGAGCAGUUUGCGCGACAAACUGAAGACGUUCAGUUCGCGUAAGGUCGACCUGAAGACGACGACGGCGCUGGACAUCUCGGCCAGUUCACCGUACAUUGCGCAGGAGUUGUCGCUGCUGAAGCGCGCCUUCAAGGACGAGCGCAGCGAGCGGCUAAAGGUGCAGGCGAACGAGUACCGCAAGAUACUGGCCGGCCUGGAACCGCUGCACGUACCGCAGCCGAAGGACGAACGCAUCCAGGAGCUGGACCGGGAGAUUAGUCGCGUCAAGCACGAUCUCAUCAUGUCGCUGGUGCGCGGUGCCGAGCUGCCCACCACCCGGACGGUGCACGGGAACGUGGCGAAAACGAUUAUCGACCACGAGAACCGCCAGAAGCAGCACCAAACACAGCUGCGCGCCAAAGCGGAACAGUUGGCCUGCGACGUCGUGCACGAGUAUCUUCAGCGGAAACCACACCGGGCGGCCAAGGCGGACUUUGCGGCCUUUCCCGCGAACGAAGUGUCCGCUGCGUUCCGGGCGAACGUGAAGGUUUAAGGUUGUUUCGCAGAUGGACUGAUUUUUGUGUAAGUUUAGCGAUUAUUUCGGCUGGAUUUGGGAGCCCAAAUACGAAGCUUCGCAAGUCUUCUCGCGCAUCACACGUUUUUGUUGGUCCUGUUUUUAGCUGAUCCGUUUCGUCCGUCUCAUUUUGUACAUUGGUUGUAUUUAUUUCCUAUUUAAGAACUGUGGCGUUGCGGUGAUCGCAAUAUGUUUCAUAAUCUU